AUGUCCUCCCCCCUCCCUAUCAAGACCUCUACGUCGCCGGUCAGUCGGAAUCGCAGCUCCUUUCUCUCCAAGUUUCGCUCCCCACUUGGAAACCGCAAUCGCAGCAUUACCGACUUCUAUAUCGAUCCCGACGACCCAUGGCGCUCGUACUUUCCCGGAGAUGUGAUCAAAGGCACGGUGAUCGUGACAGUUGUGCGGCCGGUUCGCAUUACGCAUAUAGUGGUCUGUCUGCAUGGAUAUGUGAAGGUGUUUAAAAACGCGGUUCCCGCCGGAGAAACCGCUCCCGAUUUGGGAUUUCUUGGACCCGGGCGUGGCCGGCGAGGCGCCGAAUAUAUGGGGAACGGCCUGGCCACCUUGUUUGAGGAUGAAGUCGUUCUCUGUGGUGAUGGGCGGCUCAAAGAGGGUAUCUAUAAAUUCCGCUUUGAGAUGGGGCUUCCUCCAUAUGCCCUGCCCAGUAGCCUCAACUUCGAACGAGGCACCAUUGGAUACGCCUUAACUUCGACCCUUACCCGACCCACCACCAUGAAUCCAACCAUGUCCUGCCGAAGGCGGGUCAAUUUCCUCGAAAAUAUUGAUAUAGCGCCCUUUCCCGCACCCAAAGCCCGCAUCGUCACGCUCGAACCGGUUUCGAAACGAUCCAAAUCCAAGGCGAAAGCCAAAUCCAUAAACUCCGACGCGACCGCGGCCCCGGAUUCCGCUUCUAUAGAUACCCCCGUUAGCGGUGCAGCCGGCUCGGUGGAUAAUCGUCCCGCCGUCAGUCCCUCUCCAAGCAAUGUCAGCUCAUCCAGCCGCCCGAGUGAAAGCAGCCAGAGCUUUCAGAUUGUGAGCGACCCGAGCUCCUCCACAAGCACGGGAGGCCGAAACAGUGAAGGUCGCAGCGCGACCCCUUCGAUCUCAGAUAAGACGAUUACUGCAAAGGCCGAGGUUUUGCGCGCAGGCGUGCUACCAGGGGACACUUUACCCGUCAAGGUUACUAUCAACCAUUGGAAACAAGUGCGCAGCGCGCACGGAAUUAUCGUGACUCUCUACCGACAGGGCCGUAUCGAUAUGCACCCAGCCAUUCCUAUCGGUACCACGGCCGCCGGAAAGAAGCCAGUCUACGAGGACUGUUAUCCAAGGUCACGCACUGGGCUAGGAGGAUUGACUCUUGGCACAAGUCGCACCAGCAGCACCUUCCGUAAAGAUCUGUCACAGACAUUCGCGCCACUGAUUGUGGACCCGACCAACAUGACCGCCAUUGUCAAGACAUCGAUUCGAGUUCCCGAAGACGCGUUCCCCACUAUCACUCGUGUCCCUGGUGCAAUGAUCAAUUUUCGCUAUUAUGUCGAGGUUGUGGUAGACUUGCGAGGCAAGAUCACUUCCCCCGAUCGCUUCAUUCCCCGUUUCAAUAUGGUCUCUGGUGGAAGCACAUUCUCGCCCAGCGGUCAAAUUCUCAACCCCGCAGAUGCGAAUGGAAGUGGCAUCACGGCCAACUGGGGUGGUAACAUCUUGGACACGGACCAGAUCCGCCGAGAGAAAGGCGUCGUUUCGAUGGCAUUUGAAGUUGUGGUUGGGACGCGCGAUACACAGCGUGGCCAAGCUACUAUUGAACGCACCCCUUCCGCGGCUGCUGACUCGACCGCAUCUCACACCACACCUCAAGCUCAUUCUGCAAUGGUUCAUCCCAUAGACGGAGAAGAUUGGCCUGAAGCAAGCCCGAUGCCGACCUCCCAUAAUGAUCACGAUUACGGCGCCCAAGAAGACUAUGAUUACGGGUUCCCUCAAGAGGGCCAUUGGUCAGAGUAUCCCGAAGAUUACUCACAAUCAUUCCAGCCGAUCGGCCCAAUGCUGGCGCAUCCGGAGGUAGAAGAACCUGUCGAUGAGAAAGCCAGGUUACGACGCCAUGAAGAAACCCUUCUGCCUAGCCAACCACCAGAGGAAGAAGAGGCAGGGCCCUCCAAUGCAGCAGUGGCCGUGCCGACUGCGCCUGUUUUGCCAGACGACCACCAUCUGCAAGACUAUCAGCAUUUGCCGUCGCCGGUAGCCAAUGGUGUGCCGCAUGCUGUCCGGUCUGCUGAAUCGCUACAGACCGUUGUCAUUGCCAACGGUCACGCCGCAGGACCCAGCGAACCCUCGGCGCCCGCAGACGACAAGCAGGAGCUCGAGCGACAACGGCUUAUGGAACAUAUCAGUGCCCCAAAUGCUCCUCCCGAAGAAGGAAAUGGCGAAGCUAGCGAGUCUUCCACCGCUCCCACGGCGCCGACCUUUGAUGAAGAUGAUCAAUUGGUGGGCGGCACAGCGCAUGCGGACGAGUCCUUGCCUCGGUAUCAGCGGUGA